GAGCACCACUGGGGUCUGGGUAAAAGUGAGGUCCGGAGACUGUUGGAAACAUAUUUAUUUUACAUGUUCUGCCUAAAAAUGGGCUUGUUGCUGCUUGGCAUUUUCUCUUCAACUAGCCUGAUGCGUGUCCUUGAAAUUUCCAGACAGAACUCCUGAAGUGUUCGAUACCACCGGAAAUGGCAUCUUCUCCCCAGCCGCUGGCUUGCGAAACUAGCAGCACGCAGAGGUGAACUUAUCUGCCUAGCAGCCGGGGCUCUGGGCUCUCCAAACCUGGCCCUCGGAUCGACAGCGGACAAAGGAAUCUGUCCAGGGAAGAGAUCUAGAGUCAACUGAGAGGUACACUUUUAUCACCAGUUACUUUAAUGACGAUCUGAAGACCUGCUGCAUGCCCUGGGCGCCAUGGUCCACCUGUAUGCCUCCGAAGUGCAGCAGCUGCUCCACAACAAGUUCGUGGUCAUCCUGGGAGACUCCGUCCAAAGGGCGGUGUACAAGGACCUGGUGCUCCUGCUGCAGAAGGACUGCCUGCUCACUACCAACCAGCUCAAGGCCAAGGGGGAGGAGACCUUUGAAAAGGACAGGCUGGUGGACGGAGGCCAGAUGGGCCCCAUGCACAACGGCAUCCAGUACCGGGAGGUCCGCCAGUUCUGCGACAACCACCACCUGGUGCGCUUCUACUUCCUCACGCGCGUCUACUCCAGCUACCUGGAGGACGUCCUGCAGGAGCUGCAGUCCAGCGAGCACGGCCACCCGGAUGUGAUCAUCAUGAACUCGUGCCUCUGGGACCUGUCUAGGUACGGCCCGGACUCCUGGCAGAGCUACCUGAAGAACCUGGAGAGCCUGUUCGGGCUCCUAGGCCAGGUGCUGCCCAAGUCGUGCCUGCUGGUGUGGAACACGGCCAUGCCCGUGGGCGAGCAGAUCACGGCGGGCUUCCUGCCGCCCGAGCACCAGCCUGGGGAUGACUCCCUGAGGGUCCAAGUCAUUGAAGCCAACUUCUACAGCUCUACCGAGGCGAAGAAGCACGGCUUCGACGUGCUGGACUUGCACUUCCACUUCCGCCACGCCGAGCAGCACCUGCAGCGCGACGGUGUGCACUGGAACGAGCGCGCGCACCGCCACCUCUCCCAGCUGCUGCUGGCGCACGUGGCCGACGCCUGGGGCGUGGAGCUGCCGCAGCGCGACAGUGUGAGUGCGUGGAUCCCGUUGGACCCCGCGAUGGGGGGACGCGGCCGGGGCGUUCAGAGGAGGAGGCAGGCUGGCAGGGCUCCACGGGCCUUCCCGCCCUCGAGGUGCGGCCCCCUACUCCCGAGUCCCCUUCUGCCUCUGCCCCAGCCUCCCCGCCUGCCCUUGCCCCCACAGCCUCAUCCCUUUACUUUCCACCCGGUGAUGCCGCGGUUCCUCUUUUGUCCCCAAGAUACGAAUUUUGCCUCAGACGAGCCUUUCCAGGCGGAUCAGAACUCAAACUAUUUCCAUUCAGAUGUCCUCUCACCGACCCAGACAGGAUUAUCCUCUGAAGAUGACUUCGUGAUCUAUCCUCAGCCCCCGGUGCCCCCUGGCCCCGUACCCUAUCUGCAGCGAUUCCCUGUGGUUCAUAGGGGCUUCCCCCGCUUUGUGUCUCGUGGCCCCUAUACGCCCUGGGGUCGGCGGCCGAGAUCUUCCAGGAGACGGGCCCAUUCCCGCCCACAGCCAAGGCCUCAGUAAACCCUCCUCAUGUUCGUGGACUGGACAGAUCAUCUGACUCUCCCCGAGACAGACGGACCUUGUUAACUUAAGCCUUUGGUCCGUGCUCGGACUUUAGUUCAGUCAUUGCUUUCACCGGUAAUGGCAGGGAAGGGCAGUCUUCUCCAUUUUUGUUGACUAUGGCCUCUUCCUCUAUUCUCUGGGGGUGACCAAGCAUUAUUCCCACCUCCCCCACUCCCUAUUCUGUUUCUCUUUUUUGUAAACAGAAAAUGGAAAUAAAAAAGUUGUUUCAUGAAA